GUUUAGUUUAACUGGUUAUUGCUAGUAAGAUUUUUUUUACAGAAAAAAGUUCACAACUUUUGCAACCUAAAAUCUUAAAAAUGGACUCGGACGACGAACUUUCACUCUCAUCCCAUGCCUUGGCUGCACUCCAAGAAUUUAAAAAAGAGGAGGAAGAAAGAAUUAAGCAUUUCAAUGACUUGAAAGCCAUUGCAGAGGCUGACGACGCCAAAAAGAAGGAAAUUACUAUUCAUGAAUUUCAAGAAGAUUGGCAACUUUCACAAUUUUGGUACGCUGAUGAAACUGCCGCUACCUUGGGACAUGCACUUUUGGCAGGUGCUGACGAAGACACAGUUAUUGUCAUUGCCAGUGCACCAUCUGUGUAUGCUGCAAUUCAAAAAUUCCCUGAGGAAGAAAUACCAACAAAGCAUAUCUAUUUGUUUGAAUAUGAUAAGAGAUUUGAGGUUUUGGCUGGUUCUGACCACUUUUACUUUUAUGACUUCAACUCUCCAGAUAAUAUUCCCGAGAAAUUAAAGCACGAGUGUGACAGAUUGUUGAUCGAUCCUCCAUUCUUGCUGGAAGACUGUCAAACAAAGUCUGCCCGAGCUGCUCGUAACUUACUCACAACUGACAAAACUAGUAAAACCGCGUCAGGUGACUUGAAGUUUAAAUUAUUAUCAUGUACUGGUGAGAGAAUGAAGGGAGUAAUUAGAAAGGCUUAUCCAGAAACCAGGAUCACUGACUAUCUUCCAAGUCAUCAUAAUGGUUUACAAAAUGAAUUCAGGUGCUAUGCAUCAUUUGAAAGUGCCAGUUGGAAAUUCUUGCCUGAAUCUGAACAAGUGAAUGCAGAUGAUGAAAUAUAGUAUUGAUAAAGUAGAGUAUUUAUUGUACAGUAUAUAGUUAAUUACAUACACUUUUGUGUGUUUACAUAUGAGUUGAAAUAUAGAGAUAAUUAAUAUGUAUGUAACACC